AUGACCGGAUUUUGGACUUGAAAGACAUUUAAACUCCAGGUGGCUAAGGAGAGGAGCUAUUUCCUCCUUGGGUUAACAAGCAAGAACAGCCACCAUGAAAGCCUCCCUGCUUCUCUCUCUAGGUCUCCUUUUGGCAAUCUUGGCCUCUCCUUCAACUACUGCCAGCGAGCCUGGGGUACCUGAGAAUCUACUUGAUGACAAUGACAGCACAAAUUUUAUUCCAGUCAAUUCUGGUGAUAAUACUUUAACUGAUUCCUCUGGGACAACCGAGUCUGGCAGUACUCCGGAUCCCCCUGAGGGGCCCGAGUCUGGCAGUACUCCCGAUCCCCCUGAGGGGCCCGAGUCCGGCAGUACUCCCGAUCCCCCUGAGGGGCCCGAGUCCGGCAGUACUCCCGAUCCCCCUGAGGGGCCCGAGUCCGGCAGUACUCCGGAUCCCCCUGAGGGGCCCGAGUCCGGCAGUACUCCCGAUCCCCCUGAGGGGCCCGAGUCCGGCAGUACUCCGGAUCCCCCUGAGGGGCCCGAGUCCGGCAGUACUCCGGAUCCCCCUGAGGGGCCCGAGUCCGGCAGUACUCCCGAUCCCCCUGAGGGGCCCGAGUCCGGCAGUACUCCGGAUCCCCCUGAGGGGCCCGAGUCCGGCAGUACUCCGGAUCCCCCUGAGGGGCCCGAGUCCGGCAGUACUCCCGAUCCCCCUGAGGGGCCCGAGUCCGGCAGUACUCCGGAUCCCCCUGAGGGGCCCGAGUCCGGCAGUACUCCGGAUCCCCCUGAGGGGCCCGAGUCCGGCAGUACUCCCGAUCCCCCUGAGGGGCCCGAGUCCGGCAGUACUCCCGAUCCCCCUGAGGGGCCCGAGUCCGGCAGUACUCCCGAUCCCCCUGAGGGGCCCGAGUCCGGCAGUACUCCCGAUCCCCCUGAGGGGCCCGAGUCCGGCAGUACUCCCGAUCCCCCUGAGGGGCCCGAGUCCGGCAGUACUCCCGAUCCCCCUGAGGGGCCCGAGUCCGGCAGUACUCCGGAUCCCCCUGAGGGGCCCGAGUCCGGCAGUACUCCCGAUCCCCCUGAGGGGCCCGAGUCCGGCAGUACUCCCGAUCCCCCUGAGGGGCCCGAGUCCGGCAGUACUCCCGAUCCCCCUGAGGGGCCCGAGUCCGGCAGUACUCCCGAUCCCCCUGAGGGGCCCGAGUCCGGCAGUACUCCCGAUCCCCCUGAGGGGCCCGAGUCCGGCAGUACUCCCGAUCCCCCUGAGGGGCCCGAGUCCGGCAGUACUCCCGAUCCCCCUGAGGGGCCCGAGUCCGGCAGUACUCCCGAUCCCCCUGAGGGGCCCGAGUCCGGCAGUACUCCGGAUCCCCCUGAGGGGCCCGAGUCCGGCAGUACUCCGGAUCCCCCUGAGGGGCCCGAGUCCGGCAGUACUCCCGAUCCCCCUGAGGGGCCCGAGUCCGGCAGUACUCCGGAUCCCCCUGAGGGGCCCGAGUCCGGCAGUACUCCGGAUCCCCCUGAGGGGCCCGAGUCCGGCAGUACUCCCGAUCCCCCUGAGGGGCCCGAGUCCGGCAGUACUCCCGAUCCCCCUGAGGGGCCCGAGUCCGGCAGUACUCCCGAUCCCCCUGAGGGGCCCGAGUCCGGCAGUACUCCCGAUCCCCCUGAGGGGCCCGAGUCCGGCAGUACUCCCGAUCCCCCUGAGGGGCCCGAGUCCGGCAGUACUCCCGAUCCCCCUGAGGGGCCCGAGUCCGGCAGUACUCCCGAUCCCCCUGAGGGGCCCGAGUCCGGCAGUACUCCCGAUCCCCCUGAGGGGCCCGAGUCCGGCAGUACUCCCGAUCCCCCUGAGGGGCCCGAGUCCGGCAGUACUCCCGAUCCCCCUGAGGGGCCCGAGUCCGGCAGUACUCCCGAUCCCCCUGAGGGGCCCGAGUCCGGCAGUACUCCCGAUCCCCCUGAGGGGCCCGAGUCCGGCAGUACUCCCGAUCCCCCUGAGGGGCCCGAGUCCGGCAGUACUCCCGAUCCCCCUGAGGGGCCCGAGUCCGGCAGUACUCCCGAUCCCCCUGAGGGGCCCGAGUCCGGCAGUACUCCCGAUCCCCCUGAGGGGCCCGAAUCCGGCAGUACUCCCGAUCCCUCUGAGGGGCCCGGGUCCGGCAGUACUCCCGAUCCCACUGAGGGGCCCGAGUCCGGCAGUACUCCCGAUCCCACUGAGGCGCCCGAAUCCGGCAGUACUCCCGAUCCCUCUGAGGGGCCCGAGUCCGGCAGUACUCCCGAUCCCACUGAGGGGCCCGAGUCUGGCAGUACUCCUGAUCCCUCUGGGACAACCGAGUCUCCUGGUGUCUCCUCACAGACUACCUCUACAGGUCCCCAAGAUCCAUGUAAACCUAACCCCUGUGGAGCAUCUGCUUCUUGUGUUAACCUGAAUACCGAAUGGUUCUGCGUGUGUCCAGAAGGCUACUACUAUCAAAAUGAAUCAGCAUCAUGUGUGAAAGGAAAGACAUUCCCUGGAGAGAUUGGCGUGAAAGUGAUGGAAACAAUUGGCUUGGAUAAUAAAACCUCUCCAGCCUAUCAAGCCUUGUACAGAAAGGUUGUCAAAUUUUUUGAAAAUGCACUUAAUAAGACUGAUUAUGGUUUUGGACAGACUAUAAUUAUUAAAGUGCGUGUCUCCUCUUCUCAGUCAACAAGAUCUGCAAUGCGUGCUGCUGAUGAGACGAUUGUCAAUGUAUCAGUAGUAAAUAUGUUUAGUGAAAAUACAAAGCAAAAUGAAAGUACUAUAUCUGCUAUAAUUAAAGAGGCAGUUAUAAAUGACACCGACAUGGAGAACUAUACUGAAGAAGAUCGGUGUGACUAUUAUGGCUGUGAAAAGAAUGAUGAAGACUGCCAGAAUCCUUUACAAUGCGCAUGCAAACCUGGGUUUACAAGGUCGACCCCACAGAAUCCUUUUUGUCUUCCUCUCGAGUGUUCUAGAUCCUGCAGAGCAGAGGAGAAGAAGCAAUGCUUAAAGAAUGGUGACGGACCACUGAAGUGUGCGUGCAUGCCGGGCUACCAGAGGUCCACCAAUGACAAGUGUGAAGCGUGUCCCUUUGGCUAUAGAGGCCAGGACUGCAAAGACCCAUUUCAGCUGAUCCUCACCAUUGUGGGCACCAUAGCCGGAGCCUUCAUUCUCAUCCUGCUGAUUGCAUUUAUCAUCUCAGUGAGUUCAAAAAACAAAAAGAAGAAUGUGGAGGAACAGAAGUUGAUUGAUGAAGACUUUCAGAACGUACGAAUGCAGCAGACCGGCUUCAGCAAUUCCGGCUUCAGCAACUUCGGUUUCAGCAAUUCUGGCUUCAGCAACUCCCGCUUCAGCAACUCCGGCUUUAGCAACAACUUCGACUUCAGCAACUUCGAAGCUGGCAACAGCAUCUUCCCCAAAGUCAAGACCCAAAAUCCUUAUGCAAACCAGCAAAGCAUGCCUCGCCCUGACUACUAGAAUGAGAAGAAUUUGGAGCCCUCCCUAGCCCAGCCCACACGAGCUGUGAUUUUGAGUGUUUAGAGGACAAGAGAAGUGGGCAGAGACAAAAACCUGACCUCCAGGGUUCUGUCUACCCCAUCUGUCAACCCCUCUGAGUGUGGACCUGUAUGAAGAAUGCAGCUCCCUGAAGACACCUAUAAAAUUAAAUGCACAUAGACACUAUGAGCCUUGUUAAGUGUUGAUUUUCUCCAGUUAGUACAAAAUGCUAAGAUGGUGAUUGGUGUAAGGCUUUUCUUUCCUGGUGGGCCAAAAGCAUUUCCAAUCUAGAGGGAACCCCCUCAUAACCCGUCCCUGGGCAGUGCCGCUCCUGAGCUCCGGACUCUGGCCACCCUUGAACAGUCAGUGGCUUGUGGUAGGGCCUCACUCCAAGAACACAGGCACGAGACAGAAACAUCUCCCAGCUUUCUCAGGAGGACUGCCGGCAUCCAGGAACCUUCCAAAGAGAAUGAGGAGGCUUGGAUUAGCUCUGUCUUCCAUGGGGACAUUCAAGUCUUUCAGAUGUUAGUUGGUAGGAGAAGCAUGGAGGAAAACCAUGAGCGUUAGGUAGUAGAGGGAAGCCAAGGAAGCCAUGCUGGAAGAGCAAGUGAGGAAGAAGGGAGCCGGUGGCACCUAGUCCCUUGGUGUCCCUCCUCAGACAGCAAAUGGGCACUUCUCAGGGGCUGCCCUCCCCAAGACAUAGAUCCUGGGAAAGCCAUAAAAACAGGAAUCCGUGUGAAGUCUGGAGCUGUGUCAAAUGGCCCAGGUAUCCACUCUAUGAUGCAGUUUCCACGGGUACUUCACUGGGCCUCAGCCUGCUCCACGAUGGAGGCUUAGCAGUGCCCACCAACACCCGUGCGCACACAUACACACGCACACACACAUGACAAAUAGACGCAGUAGUCUUUUUAAUGUUUUUAAUCGUGUCCUGUGUCUAUCUGAUGUCUGGUCCUCUCAACUGGUACUUUUAUUUGUUAAUAUUAUUUGUUUUUGACUGUUCAUUGGGAAAAGCAGUGAUGCAAUAAAGCAUCUUUGGUACACGG